AUGGAAGGUGCGCCGUUUGACGAUCAAAGUUUUAAUGACUUCAACAACCAACCUUUGCCAUCUUUGGCAUCGACUCUUCUAAACAAGAAUCAGGAAAACCUUAAUGUGCAUUCUAUACAGGUGAUGCUCGGGAUUCAGCAACAGCACGACAUGUUUGGAAACAUGGGAUCACCGAUGGAAUACAAAGGCUCUCCUCAAAAACUGGACGCGUCUCCCAUACACCAUCAAGAUUUGGGGAUGUACUCACCCGGAAUGGAAAAUAUUAACAACAAUUCCAAUGGUGUUAAGAGAAAAAAUGAAGAUGUAGUGCUACUUCAGUCGCAUAAUUUAAGUUCUACUGAAAUUGGCAGUACGCAAAAUACAACUACGAAAAAGAAUGACAAGAAGAAAAAUGAUAAUGGAGUUAAAAAGAAAAAAACUAGAACUACCUUCACUGCUUUUCAAUUAGAAGAAUUGGAAAGGGCCUUUGAGCGUGCCCCGUAUCCAGACGUCUUCGCGAGGGAAGAACUAGCAUUAAAAUUAAAUUUGAGUGAAUCAAGGGUCCAAGUUUGGUUUCAGAAUAGACGAGCAAAAUGGAGGAAGCGUGAACCACCACGAAAAACAGGAUAUAUUAGCUCAGCAUCACCAAGUCCAAAUAUUGCUACAAACUUUAAUAACACCAUUCCUUUCACACAAGCUAAUACGCUGAGUACUUCAGCACCAGUAGAUUCUUGGAGUUACCAGUCAUAUGAAUUAGGUCCUCAUUUAAACUUACUUAAUAGUGGCUCAGGCACGUAUUCGAGCUUCGGCUCACCAGCCUCUUAUUCAAGUUUUGGCUCAGCUCAAAAUAGUUAUUCUUAUAUGUUAAACUCACACGAAAGUCAACUAUUUAGUGCUCCGAUGCGCAGCCAUGAAUAUUCAGCAGCCCCAGCAAACCCAAGUCCACCUUUAGGUCGCGAAUAUUCCAUGCUGCAGACCCAUUCACCAAGUGCCGAUGAAAACUCUAUAGGUGUUAAAAUAGAAUAUGUAGACCACAAUGCUGCGCUUAGCCAAUCACCUGACUGGUAUGAAAAUGGAUCUCCCAAACAUGAACAGACUUACCAUGAUGACGGGAGAAUUAAAGAACUAAAACAGGAAGCAGGAAACGGAAAUCAAACAUACGUUACCUUGCCCCCUUUUCGGAAUUAG